UUUAAUUUAAAAAAAAUAAGAAUUUAUUAAAGUUUUUUUUGGACACUGUUGUAUCAGAUUUUUGUCUUUGUUUUGAAUUCGGUGAUCUUUGAGAAUUUUGGUGAGCCGCAGUUGGCAACGCUGGUCCCUAACUGUCAAGUUUGACAAUCUUGAGUGUGUGUAAACAGUGUAAAUAUUUAAUAAAAAAUCGAAACGAAAUAUUCAGGUUUGUAGAAAUAAUGUGUAAAAUGUUUAUUUAUAUCCAACGUACAAACACUAAUUGUAAAACUCCAACAGCAGAUAAAUAAUGGAUGAACAUAUCAAAAACAUCAUAAAAGGAGGAAAAGAAGCUGAAGAAUCCUUAAAAUGUUUCGUUGAAGAGGCUUCACAAAUAUUCGAGUUCCCAGAACUGAACACAAAUAACCAACGUAAACAAUUAUGGGAAGCGUUAUUUACAUUAGCCAAUACAGCCAAUACGGAGAUUACAUUAACUAAUUGCUUUAUUGCAAUUCGUAUAUUAAGUCGAGAAAAAGUGGGCCUGAACGAGUUGAUAACAGAAGAAUGGUUCAAACUGAUCCAAAAACACUCUGGUUUGGAUGAUUUGAACUACAAAUUUAAUGCCAGCAAGUUAUCAUUGGCAAUUGAAGUAGAAAAAUGCCUAUGCAAUGUGGUAUUCAACAGCCCUGUUGCAGCAGGACUGUGUUGCAAGAAUGGCAUCCUUGAACAGUUAGCUCAACGUAUAAGAAACCCCCGAGAAAACAAAAUACCGGAAGAAAUCAGAUUUUACGACGUCAAACUCAUUUUCCUCCUCACAGCUUUGUGCUCUGAAAUUCGUUCGAAAGUGAAAGAAGAGCUAAAAGGAAUUGAAUCGUUGAUAAAAAUGCUUGAUGAAAUGUUAAAAGAAGCGGCGCAAACAUCGCCCGAAAAAAUCAUUUUGGAUGACCAAAAAGUUGACUUGGCUUGUGAAAUAUUCAAAGCUCUGUUUAACAUAACGCUAAGCUACGGCAUUUAUGACGAUAAAGAAGAGAACGAACAAUGUGAGCAUUUAGUCGCUCUACUAAGAAUGUAUCUCCUUGUGCCCACAAACGACAAAGAGAAAGGCCUUGCGUUGAAAAACAAUGUUAUAAAUUUAUUAACAAACAUGCCUAAUGACACAUUCAAAAAUCUGAUAACUCCAAUUCAGCCGGGCCAAAACCUGAAACCCAAAUUCCAAUUCGAGGGACAAAAUAUGACGGCUUUUUACGAAAUUCUGAUGGUUUUGAAGAGUAAAUUUAACAAUGUUGAGGGGGUCACAAAACAGUACGAAGUUUUAUGUCCUGUGGUCACCGUUUUGUUAAAAGGUGCCAACAGCGAACGAGCUAUAAGAAAAUACCUCCGACUCCAAAUUCUCCCACCUUUGAAAGACGUCCACAAUAGACCCGAGCAAGGUUCCACACUUCGUAAUCACUUGUGCCGCCUCCUAACCACUCCUAUAACCCAACUCAGGGAUUUAAUAGCCGAUUUGUUGUUCAUUUUGUGCAAGAAAAGCGUCAAAAGGAUGAUCAAGUAUACGGGGUAUGGUAACGCUGCUGGUCUUUUUGCCCAAAGGGGUUUACUAGGGGGGCGGUCAGAUAAAGGCGAGGCUGACUAUAGUUCAGGCAGUGAAGGGAGCGAGACUGAAGAGUAUGCGGAGUUCAAACAUGGGAUCAAUCCAGUGAUUGGGUGCUACGAGGAACCCCACCCCAAUGCGAUGGAAAAUAUGACCGAAGAACAGAAAGAAUAUGAGGCGAUGAAAUUGGUCGAAUUAAUGGACAGUUUGACCAGAUCUGGGACCAUACAACCAUGUCGAGUGGGGGAGGAUGGAAGGCCACACCCCAUUGAGCACGUUUUGCAACUUCAAGAGGGGCUCAAAGCGCAGCAAGUUCACAAUGAGGGUGACAGCGAUGAUUAAUUUUGUCUCAAUUACAUGUCGUAAAUCUAGUCUAUAUUUUCGCCGACAAAUUAGCACAGAAGUCGUAAAUUUGUCUAGAUGUCGUGAUUUAAGAAUACAAAAAUUUCAGAAAAUAGUGAUUAACUCUUAUGUGUAUUCAUGUAAUGUUAUUUAUGUUGUAAAUAAUUCUUGUUUUUAAUGGUGAGAAAGAAACAAAGUGGCAUUUAAUUUAAAAGAUAAUAUAAUUAAAUAGGACCAGUAAAAAAGUUGCAAUUAUAA